AUCAGCUGAGCUCAGCACCUUGUUUAAUCUUCUAGUACAGAAGGAGUCUGCAGCUGCAGGCUGGCUGCCAGUCGCAGUGUUUGUUGAAGCUGCAGUCGGAUUACUUGGGAAUGUCUCAGGUGUUGCCCAGGAACACAAGACCAGUGUGUGUCCUGGUCCAUGAUCAUUUCAUUGCUCUUAAGAACUUGCCAGCAUAAGCUACUGAUUUUCCUCACUUUGUGAGCACAAACUAUACGUCAGUUCUGAUUUCCCACCCCUUAACACUCUGAAUUUGUUGCAAGAUCAUUAACUAACUUUUCGGGUAGGGGAAAAAAUUAGCGAGUAAGUGGCAUUUCGUGGCAGGGACAUAAAACAUAACAUAACCCCAGUUGCAGCAAAAAUGCAACUGGGGCGGCAGAAAUGGCAAAUCCUGCAGUAUCGUGGAAAAAUGACAAAACGAUACAACUGUAGAAGACCCUAGGAUGCCCCCGUGCUCGGAGCCGCCAUGACGGGUGCGGGCACCUUUUAGCGAGGCUCCGCCCGGCGUGCACGGAACCGCCAUGACGGGUGUGGGCACGUGGAGCGGGGCCCCGCCCCCUGACUGCCGCCGGCCAAUGGCAGCGCGGGAGGCGCGGCUCAUCGCGGAAGUGGGCGUGGCCGGCGGAGCGCGGGAAGCCGGGGCUCGGGCCGGGACCAGGUUGGGGUUCUGGCUGUGUCUCGGCGGGCGGGGGUCGGUCGGGACGGGACGGGGCCGGAGGCAGCUCUGGGGCGGCAGAGAUGGAGUUCUCCAGCCGAGCGAGGCAGAAGCAUUUGCGGCUGGCUGGGGACCGACGGGAGCUGUACCCUCACAGCCUGCAGUUCUACCUGGAGCCCCCCACGGAAAGCAUCUCGCUGGUGGAGUUCGAGAGCUUUGCCAUCGACCGCCUGAAGCUGCUCAAAGUAGUUGAAAACCUUGGUGUGAGCUAUGUAAGAAGUACUGAUUCGUACAAAACUAAGCUGGAGAAUGAGCUCCGGAAACUUAAGUUUCCCUACAGAGCUUUGGCUGAGGAUGAUUAUGAGGCAAGAAGAAAAGAUCAUAUCUCUCAUUUCAUACUACGCCUUGCUUACUGCCAGUCUGAGGAUCUCAGGCGUUGGUUUCUUCAGCAAGAAAUGGAUCUAUUCCGGUAUCGCUUCAGCCAACUAACUGAAGGUUUAAUGCAGAAAUUCCUGGAACAUGUUAAUUUAUCAUUUGAAGCUGUUAGUGAAGACCUGAAAACUGAACUGGCAAAUGAGCUGUAUACAUCAACUCCUGGCCUCAGUCUGCCUAAAGUAAAAGAACAAAUGUUCUAUAAGGUUGGACUUGCGGAUGCUGUAGAUCUAUUUAGAACCAGAAGAGUAUUUGUUAAAGAUGGUUUUGCAUAUGUGCCAUUUAAGGAGAUUGAUGCGAUUGUUUUGAAUAACUAUAGAACAAAAUUAUCUAAAGCAUUGGCGCUGACAGCACGAUCGCUACCUUCCAUACAGUCUGAUGAGAGACUACAACCUCUGCUUAAUCAUCUCAGCCAUUCUUAUGUUGGCCCAGAUUACAGCGUCCAAAAGAACACUGGAAAAAUUUCUCUAGAGCAGAUUGAUUCUCUUUCUGUGAAGUCGUUCCCUCUCUGCAUGCGGCAGUUGCACAAAGCGCUGCGCGACACCCAUCACCUCCGUCACGGGGGGCGGAUGCAGUAUGGGCUGUUCCUGAAGGGCAUCGGCUUGACUCUGGAACAGGCACUGGAGUUCUGGAAGAAAGAAUUUAUCAGAGGAAAAGUGGAUGCAGAUAAGUUUGACAAAGGAUAUGCUUACAGCAUUCGCCACAGCUAUGGGAAAGAAGGAAAGAGAACUGAUUAUACCCCAUACAGCUGCAUGAAGAUUAUCAUGUCCAAUCCACCAAGUCAAGGGGAUUAUCAUGGGUGCCCAUUCCGACACAGUGAUCCUGAGCUACUGAAGCAAAAGCUGCAGUCGUACAAGAUCCCUCCCAGUGGAAUAACUCAGAUCCUGGAGUUGGUGAAGGGCAUGCAUUACCAACUGGCCUGUCAGAAGUACUUUGAGUUGACACAUGAGGUUGAUGACAUUGGGUUUUCCUUGAAUCAUCCUAAUCAGUAUUUUACAGAGAGUCAAAGGCUAUUAACUGGUGGUAGAGAACCAAAGAAGGAAUUAAGUACUUCAGGAAACUCUCAACAAAAAAAUAAUAGUCAGGAAAGCAUGAAUUUUAAUUCCACUCCCACCUCUUCAAAUACAACAGCUGAUACAGAACUGGAAGGACUGGAAGCCUACUUUGCUGAAGACUAAGCAGCUGUGUUACUUGGAUGUUAUUUGUGUUAUUUUUUUCUUUCUUUCAUUCUUUCCCUUCUCUAGCUGGCUUUGUCUCUAUACUAAGGGAUAUGCACUUCACUACCUGGAAUACGCAGACAUUUUUUGAAUAGACUGAAGAAAGAAAGAUAGAUAUUGAAGCUGUAAUUGCAUCCAGUACCUAUUUUCACCGCUUUAGGAGGCUGUUUUAUAUGGCAUGUUUUAAGGAUGAGAAAUGAAAGUUCCUUCCCAGUUAUUAGGUGAUUUUUGUCUGAUUUACCUUUUUUUGGUUUUCUUCAAAAUGUUCAAAUAUUUUUACCCCAUUUUGUGGUUGAUUGUUUAUGUAUCUUCUUAAUAAAUAAUUUGAAAAGCAAAAACUUCUGAUAUUUUCUUUUUAGCUGUAUUUGGAU